AUGGUCCACAUAAGACUGGCCAGCGUUGCCCUUCUCCAUUCGUUACUUCUUACCUAUGGUCUUGCUGAGGAUACCAAGCUCUCUGAGAGCCUCGUAGGCUGCGAUGAAGUCUCAUGUCCCAAAGAAAAUGCCCAUGAUCGCUGCACAGUCGGCGAGAAGACAUUUCUAGGCAUCGGCCUAUCUCGCAUCCCCAACGUCCCCUCAACACUCGAAGGCCUAUCCCUUAUCAAGGGUGUCAACAUCUCGGAAGGUGGCGAGGGAAAACGGAAGUUCAAUUCAGCAUAUUACCUCGGAACACCGUCAGAGCUCGACGUCAAUGACUUAAGCGGCUGUGUCGUGGCCUUCAACGAUCCUCCUGAGAAACAAUUCGACGGUCCCGUAAAAACAGGCAAGGAUAGAAACAUCACAGAAGUCCAAGCGGCACGCGGUACUUGUCCGGACAUCAUUGAGCAGGAGUGUAUCGAUACGCUUACGGAGCGGGCGCGCAGCGUUACUAAUGCCACUUCAAAUGGGGGCGUGUGCGCGACGUUGGAGCGCGAGCUGAGAAGGAAUGCAUUUGAGGAGUGUCGGGAUCUCGGUGGUAAGGGUAGGGGGCUGGGGAACUUUACCGUUACUUCGUUUGGGAAUCUUUCGACCGUGAGGAAUUCGACGGAUUGCUGGCCUGUUAAGCCCAAAUCUGAUGAUUUAGCUCUGAUAACGGAGAACACUGCUGUGGGGAACAAUACAGCGGCUUCAAUGUACCAAGAGGCCUGGAAGAUCACCCCGGUGCUGACCGUAUUUAUUGGCAAGGGCAAUAAUAGCCUGGUGGAAAAAGCCUCUUCCCAGAUGACAUGUUUAAAAGUCGUGACCGAAGAGAACCCCGAAGAGGCGGAGAACGGCUCAGAGAGCUCGGCGUCUAUGCUUAGCACUAAUCCGCGCGUUGCAGGUAUAGCCGUGCUAAUAGCUGCCGCCUGGGUAGCACUCUAG